GCUGAUUGUUACAUAUGCUGUGACGAGACUGAGUUCUGAUAUUGUUUGCCAAUAAUUCAAAGAAGAAGAGGCAAGGCAACUACGUUUUUAGUUUUUUUGGCACCAGUGUACACCAUUGGUAAUGGUUGUAAAAUAAUGAAAUAUGAAUUUUCGAAAAGCAUGGUUAAAAUCUUUAUUGCUCCGUUACUUCGUACAGUUAACAACGCUAGAACUUCUUUCAAGAAAUAUAACUAUGUUGAUAAGCUGACAUCUGUUAUGGCUGAAUCUGUGAAAUCACCAGCUAUGGCAAAUUCAUUAAAUUUGAAUACAUUGGCUGCUUCAAAGGGUACUGAAGUAAAUAGGAUAGUAUGGAUAGAUAUGGAGAUGACUGGAUUAGAUUUAGAUCGAGACAAAAUUAUGGAGGUAGCAAGCCUCAUAACUGAUUCUCAUCUCAAUAUUAUUGCUGAGGGUCCUGAAAUCGUUAUACAUCAACCAGAAGAUGUACUGAAUAAUAUGAACGAGUGGUGUUUAAAACAACAUGGAAAAACUGGACUCACAGAGUCAUGUCUGAAGUCUACUACAACUCUGGAGCAAGCUGAAAAGUUAGUGCUGCAAUUUCUCACUCAACAUGUAAAUGAAAAAAUUUCACCUCUGGCUGGAAACAGCGUUUAUAUGGACAGGAUGUUUUUAAUGAAGUAUAUGCCAAGAGUUCAUGACUAUUUGCAUUAUAGAAUAAUCGAUGUUUCUGCUGUGAAGGAGAUGUGCAGGCGAUGGAAUCCUAAACUCUACAGUCUUGUUCCUAAAAAGGAAUACUCUCACAGGGCCCUAAUGGAUAUUAGAGAAAGUGUGGAAGAAUUGAAGUUUUACAAGGAUAAUUUUUUCAAGAUAAACUGACCAACUCUAUUUUUAUCUAUUGAAGUCAUCUAUAAAAUGUUUAGGGCUGAUGAAGAUUCUUACGUUAUACAAUAGAAAUAGAAAGGAACAUGUU